CAAAUAUUAAACAAUUAUGCCACUUUAUUUUUGUGCAGGUAUUGGAUUCCCAUCAUUAACAAUUCUAUGUUCAUAUCUAUAAAAUAAAGAUGAUAGAUUUAUUUAUGGAUUGGCUAUUGCAGCUAUAUUCAGUGGUGUCAAACUUAUUAUUAAAUUAUGAGUUUUAUUAUUUUUAUUUUAUAUACAGUAUAUUGUUCAUAAAGCACAGGACUUAGAAUUGAUUUAAAUGUUGAAAUACCUUUAUGGUAAAAUCAAUAUGUCAUUUUUAAUUCAACAUCAACUUAAGAAGGAGCAAAUCAAGAAAUUUAUCCACAAAAAAAAAUUUUAGCAAAUUUAGUAUUACAAAUAAUAAAGUUAGAAAAAUAAUUCACUAGGAGUCUACUCUUAGAAAUUUGAUUUUCUUGAAUUGUUAUAUGAAGAAGAUGUUGCAUGUUAUCAAUAAAAUGUUAUGAUACUUAGAGAUGUUUAAAGUUGCACACAAAGUUGUUCUUUCUAAAAAAGUUAUUAUGAGUAUCUAGGAUAAAGUAGUGUUUCAUAAAACAUUUCUAAAAAUUCCUCCUAUAUAAUUGAUAAUACAUAAUUGCCUUGUGUUAAUGGAACAUUUUUUAAAUUACUUGUCCCCUGGGUGACAGUUUAAAUUUUAUUUACCUUUUAAGAUUCUUCUUAUUUGAUUGGAACUAUCAGUAUUUAUUAUAAUCAUUUAAGUUAUUGUCUUACUUGUCACUAUUAUUACUAUUUAAAUUAUGUCCAUUAUUGUAUUGUACUAUAAAUUAAGAAAAUAUAAAAAAAAAAUAAAACGUUCUUAAGACAAAAGUAUAGCUAAAAGAAAUAUUAUUAUGAGAAGUGAUUAUCAAGUAAAUAUAUAAAAAAGUAUAUUAAAUAGGAAAGUAAUGAAGAACAAUCUCUAUCACUUUAAGAAAUCAAGAGCUAAUAAAUUUCUUAUUUUUAGAGUUGA